ACUCGCUUCAGUCCGUCGCAGCUUCGACUUCGGAGCGCAAGCACCUUCGUCCGCUUCUUCUUCUGCCUCCUCUCCUUUAAAAAAAAAAUCAAAUCAAAUUUUUAAGAACCAUGGAGAGCGUAGAAGGCAACCUCUCGGACGCGGAAUACCGGAGCACGAUGGCCGCCUUUUACAACAACAGCGGCGGCGGCUUGUGCUCCAACGGCACCGCGUGCGACGGCGAGCGCGCCCCGGGCGGCGAAGCCGACUACGGCGACGCCAACCCGGUCAUCAUCGCCAUCGUCAUCACGGCGGUCUACUCCAUCGUGAGCGUGGUGGGGCUGGUGGGCAACGUGCUCGUCAUGUACAUCAUCGUCAGGUACACCAAAAUGAAGACAGCCACCAACAUCUACAUCUUCAACCUCGCCCUGGCCGACGCGCUGGUCACCAGUACGCUGCCCUUCCAGAGCGUCAACUACCUGAUGGGCACAUGGCCCUUUGGCGACAUCCUGUGCAAGAUGGUCAUGUCCAUCGACUACUACAACAUGUUCACGUCCAUCUUUACGCUCACCACUAUGAGCAUCGACCGCUACGUGGCCGUGUGCCACCCGGUCAAGGCUCUGGAUUUCCGAACGCCGCGCAACGCCAAGAUCGUCAACGUCUGCAACUGGAUCCUGUCGUCCGCCAUCGGCCUGCCGGUCAUGUUCAUGGCCUCCACCGUCGUCACUCCCUCGAGCAUCGUGGAUUGCAAGCUGAUCUUCCCGCAGCCGUCGUGGUACUGGGACAUCUUGCUGAAGAUCUGCGUCUUCAUCUUCGCCUUCAUCAUGCCCGUGCUCAUCAUCACCGUCUGCUACGGCCUGAUGGUCCUGCGCCUCAAAAGCGUGCGCAUUCUGUCGGGCUCGCAGGAGAAGGACAGGAAUCUUCGUCGCAUCACGCGCAUGGUGCUGGUGGUGGUGUCCGUCUUCAUCGUGUGUUGGACGCCCAUCCACAUCUUCGUCAUCAUCAUCGCCCUGAUCAACAUCUCCAGCUCCACCCUGCAGACCGUCACCUGGCAUUUCUGCAUCGCCCUGGGCUACACCAACAGCAGUCUGAACCCGGUGCUUUACGGCUAUCUGGACGAGAACUUCAAGCGCUGCUUCCGCGAGUUCUGCUCAUCGGGGCCUUCGCUACUGGAGAUGCAGAACUCCACUCGGGUGGGCGCGGUCGGCCGCAAGGCGCCCCAGCGUGAGCCCAACAGUGCGCAGACGGGAGACAGGUCCAAUCAGCAGGUAUGGUGGGGACAGUGAAGCUCCCCCUACAGGUAUGACUAGCCGUGGAGGAGUCGUCCGUCGACUCUCGCUGUUGCGGUGGCGACGCCAACGACGACCUCAACUCGGAAGUCACACAAGUCACCACGGGGCUCUAAUAACUCACGCACGCUGACACGCGCAUAUUAACGCACCGACACACGGAUUGAGAUUCAAAAUGUUGCGAGUCGGCAAAUGGCGCGGGGAGACCAAUUGGAAACAGAAAGGGGGGGUGCGGCAUGGACAAAGAAUUGUACAUACAAAGAUGCUGACCAUUAUUAUUAUUUUUUUUUUUUUUACGCCUGCUCUUCAUCGGAUUUGUAAUAGACUGCAGACCUCAGCCAAGGCCAAACGUGUAUCAGGCAAUACUGUAUCAAUCUAAUUCUCAAAAUAAUGUCUACAAUGAGAAACGAUCAGUUGAAAACCACUUGAUGAACCGGGCCAGGAACAUACCAAACCCCCAGUUAAGGACCAGACAACAUCAAAUCAAGAACCAUGUCGGAAGCCAUGCCAAGAACAAGUCACAGUUGUUUUUUUGCCACUACCAGUGCAGCUUUUGGCCUACUCGUACGAUCUUAAGCCGGAUAUGAAGGACGUGGAUAAAAUGCUCCAAUGGUUUCCCCACAAUUGCGGUUUAGCUACUAGAAGGACAUCCCACAUGACUGGUUGCUACAUGGACCUUCAAAUGCUGAUCGAGUAAACGCUCAAUUGAUUGACAUUGUUCUGCUGUACCUAAUGUUAUGUCCCUGUGGAACUUUCUGUGGCAUUUUCGACUCGUUUCUGAAAGCCCGAAUUGCCACAUGCUAAUUUCCCUGCUGCUCGUUUGUUUGCACGGUGGCAGCUUUGAUGGUGUGUUUUUUUUUCUCUCUGUUGCACACUCACACACACACACCCACAGAGACACAAAGCGUUACGUUUCCAACCUGUGCUUGGACUGUGACGACAGACAAGCUCUGCAAGUCGUCUCUGGACCGAAAAGGGGAAACAGGGGGGUUGACCAAGUGUGUUUAUGAUACGGUAAGCCCGCUGCUGCCGCAUGAGUGUGUUUGCAUACUUUUAACGACACCGGCCUGUGUCUGUGUGUGUGUGUGUGUUCCGGCCGGCGGCUCACGACGGAGGCUCACUUGAUGCAUUUGCCACACGGGAAUGUGUGUUGUUCGUACUGCGGCUGCAUUGGUGUCUGUCGUACGCUUUCUUGUUUCUUCACUGCCUGGCCGACAGCAAAAUGUGGAUAGAUGGGCGUUCUGCGUGGAACCAUAUUUGGUAAGCAAGGCAAAUCAAAGUGUAAAACACGCCAAAUGCUGAAAUGUGUAACCCUAACCCCAGUUUAGAGGUCUAAUUUGAAACCCAAACUGGAUAUUGAAAGUCUACGUUUGGGUUCAAGACUUCAUUUAAAACACGAACACUGGAAUUUGAAAACUGAAUCUUGUUUUGAAACCCAAACGCCUGCCAGGAAUCUACAGGACUGUAAUCCCUCGUUUAUCGCGCGGAUAACAGUACUAAGUGAAAUCCGUGAUGUAGUUAUCUUGUUUUUGUUUUUUUUACUAUACACAUGCAAUACAAUACUGUACACCAAAGACAAC